CGUGAAGCACCAGGAAAAGGUGGACAUCUUCGAAUCGCAGCAAAUUCUUAUGUGACAACAACCAUUGACACAAAAAACAAUGAUGGUAAAAUAUCUCUUGUAUUUGCACAUGCUACCGGAUUCCAUAAAGAAUUAUGGAAUCCUAUAAUAAAAAUGUUGCAUGAAAGAAGACAUCGAUGGAACGGUGGAGAUAUGUGGGCUUUGGAUUGCUCGAAUCAUGGAGAUAGCGCAGUGUUAAACCAAGAUGUUUUGCCUGAUAAGUUUAUAUGGUCCGACUAUGCUCGAGAUAUCCUUCAACUUAUUGAUGACGCGAAAGUUCAAAAACCAAUUAUUGGUAUAGGGCAUUCGGUCGGUGGAAGUUCCAUGUUAAAGGCUGAAAUUAUUCGUCCUGGCACAUUUGCUAGCAUUUUGACCAUUGAGCCUAUAGUUAGGCCUCAUAUCCUCCAAGAAUUUAAAUUUCAAGAUACAAGUGUUAAAAGAAGAAGAGAUAGAUGGCCGGACAGAGAAACAGCACAUACUAGUUUUAGUACAAGCGAAUUUUUUCAAAGUUGGGACUCUGAAAUGCUUAAUCUCUAUGUUCAAUAUGGAUUAUAUGAAUUACCAUCUGGAGAAGUUACUUUAAAAUGUUCUAAAAUUCAAGAAUUGUAUACAUUUGUUUACGAUUCGGCAGAAAAAGUCUCUACAUUUCAUCAAAUGUCGAAAAUUCAAUGUCCCACUCUAUUUGUAGUUGGUGAUAAACCAAGUUUCGAUAGUAAAGAUAUGGCACUUCAUAGAUCAUCACAAUGUCAACAUAGUGAACUUAUAUCUAUAGAUGCAGGUCAUUUGGUUCCAAUGGAAAAACCUGCACAAAUUGGUGAGUCACUCAAAUUAUUAAUAUUUUGCCAACUUUCGACUAUUACUCAUUAUAGUGUUAUGCCCAUAGCUUACAUAAUCGAAUAUUUCGCUCGCAAGUUUUUGAAAAAUAAUGGAUUGCUGCAAAAAAAUCAAUCCGAAAACAAUAACCUAUGUCCAGUUCGGGCCAUGUUAUAA